UGACACAGGAUUUGGGAGAUGCGUUUGUUUACAUAUUUAGCCUGAAUUAACCGCGAGGCGACCGGCGCCAAAGAGAGUAUUCGUGUCAAGAUAGAUCACUCUCCUUGACUUUUGCUCCUGGUGCUGCUAUCUGCCAGAAGCCUGAAGGAACACCGACAUGUAGAACAGCUGGCCUGAUUCUAAACCAAACAUGAACGCUCGUAAGGCACUGUUUUCCGAGUUCAAAUUGUGGAAUUUGGGAAGAAGUUGGAGGUCGAGUCGAUAUGGCUCUUCAGGUGGGCAUGGAAAGGCUGCCUUUUCCUCCUGUGGGCCCAAGGUGUGUAUAGUGGGAGGUGGUCCAGCUGGUUUUUAUACAGCUCAACACUUGAUCAAGGCUCGCCAGGACGUGGAAGUGGACAUCUACGAGCGUCUGCCGGUCCCAUUCGGGCUGGUCCGGUUUGGGGUUGCCCCUGAUCAUCCAGAAGUCAAGAACGUCAUCAACACGUUCACGCAGACGGCCAAAAAUGCUCGCUGCAGUUUCUACGGCAACGUGGACGUUGGCAAGGACGUGAGCGUAGAAGAGCUUCAGCGAGCAUACCAUGCGGUCGUACUGAGUUACGGCGCAGAGGGAAACAGAAGUAUCGGAGUACCAGGGGAGGACUUAGACGGGGUUUAUUCUGCUAAGGACUUUGUGGCCUGGUACAACGGACUGCCCAGCUGUCGGCAGCUGAGUCCAGACCUGAGCUGCGAGACGGCCGUUAUCCUUGGUCAAGGCAAUGUAGCCUUGGAUGUUGCCAGAAUUCUGCUCUCCCCCAUUGACAUUUUAAAGAAGACCGACAUCACCCAUCCGGCCUUGCUGGCACUGACAGAGAGCCGCGUCCGCAGAGUAUUGAUUGUUGGAAGAAGAGGACCAAUGCAAGUGGCUUGUACCAUCAAGGAGCUCAGGGAGAUGGUUAACCUUACUGACACCCGUCCUGAGAUGUUGCCAGCAGAUUUUGAAGGCGUGUCUGAGGCCCUUCGUGAUGCCCCGAGGCCGAGGAAGCGUCUGACCGAGCUCAUGGUGAAAACAGCUCUAGAGCCUCCGAGUGAGAAGGAGCAGGAAAGGCGAAACAAAGCGUCGCGGGUUUGGGGUUUUAGAUUCUUCAGAAGCCCUGUGGAGAUCCACUCUGACCCCGGCUGCAAUAGAACCACUGGCAUCCGGCUGGCAGUCAACAAGCUGGAGGGUUCUGGUGAUUCUGCCCGUGCAGUCCUCACUGGAGAAGUAGAGGAUAUCUCGUGCGGGCUGGUCAUCGGCAGCAUCGGCUACAGGAGUCUUGCCAUUGACCCGUCUGUGCCUUUUGACUCCAGCAAAGCCAUUGUACCAAAUAUUAUGGGCCGUGUUCAUCAAACUGCAGGGCUGUAUUGUAGCGGCUGGCUCAAGACUGGACCCACGGGAGUCAUCGCCACCACCAUGAACAAUAGUUUUGACACAGCCCGCUCUGUCAUGGAGGAUAUGGAUUCUGGAAUCGUGGACCUGUCUGCUGCCAAGCCAGGGGCUUCUAGAGUCAGCGCACUGCUUGAAGAAAGAGGUGUAAAACCAGUGAGCUUCUCAGACUGGGAGAAGAUCGACCGCCUGGAAGUGAGUCGUGGUGAAGCUGCCAAAAAACCAAGAGAGAAACUGCUGACGGUGGAAGAGAUGCUGAAAGUGGCUCACACAUGAUCGCGGUGAUUCAGCUUUUUUUUUUUUAUUAUUGUAAAUGAAUCUUUGGAAAACAUAAAAGUUUGACUGCAAU